GGUCAUACCGGUGGGUGGAGUGGCGGAUAAGGAGGGGUCGAAGGAGAUGUGGAACAUAUGGUAUGGAAGGGCUUGCUUCUGCUUGAUCAUGAGUUUGGUUGACGAGAUGGCUUUUUGUAUACUUUGCGAGAAGCUUGGUUAGUUUGUAAUGCAAGGAACGCAGAAUGAACUACGAAGUGAAAGGAAAAGCAUAAACUCAGGUACGCUCUGUCACCGCCACCGGAAAAUAACCAGCUUGGUGUUCCUGCCAAGUCCCCCACGAUUCCCCCAGACCAGGCGCCGAAGAUGCACGUUUUGCUGCAGAACGUUGACGAAGAGGAAUUAGAAGUGAAAGAAGCAGAGUUUCAACUCCGAGCGCUCCACCUCCUGAACCUCAGUCUCGAGCGGACCUUAGUUUGG